CUUCCCCCUUUGCCAAAAGCAACACCAACCUAACCUACCACCACCCUUUUCCCCCCUUCAUUUCGACGCCGCUGGACGAUUUUCGGGGGGCUUUGACCCAGACGACGAAAGGAACAUUAGCUUCUUUCUCGACUUUUCUACCCUCCAUGUCUUCGGCGAUCUAAAAGGUUUUAUCUAGACCCUUUGCAAACCCCUCGAACCACCUCAAUCGCGACUUCCCAUUCGAUCCACACCUAUCUGACGCUGCACCUUCCCAUUGCGAAUUGACGGCACAACCGCGCUUUGCCGCGCCCCUUCAAUUGCUUGCGUCUGCUCAGCCGUCGUUACUGGCAUCAUCUGACAGAAUUUGCUACUUAUCUUUCGCUCCAAAGUCAUCGCACUCAUGCGGUGCACCCUCAUCGCCGCAAUGAGGUUAUCACCUUUGUUCCUGUUCCUGGGCUCGACCCUCCUCUCCGGGGUUCAAGCAGCAGAGGCAGAAAAGGAUGAACGGGAGAACACCUACUUCAACUCCAUGAAAGUGCCGCCAAUACUCGAGCUGACGCCGGAUACUUUCGACAAGGAGGUCAAGGCCUCGCAAUUCAUGCUUAUCAAGCACUACAGCCCUUACUGCCCGCAUUGCAUGGACUAUGCGCCGAUAUACCAGACCCUCUACGAGUGGUACUACACCUCGAAGCCCGAGUCCAAGGAGGACAAGACCUUUACCGAACUCUACGAUUUCCGCUUCGCCACGAUUAACUGCGUGGCCUACUUCGAUCUUUGCGCUUCCCACAACAUCGCGUCGUACCCUAGCACCGUCCUCUACAAGAAUGGCGAGCUGGCCGAGUUGAUCAAGGGUGUCAAGGACAUUGACCAGAUCAGCCCCAUCCUCGAAAAGUACCUCGAGGCGGCCAAGCCCGGAACCAGGCCCCGCAGCCUCGAGUAUCCCGAGCCUGGCGACAAGACCUCUCCCGAAAAGGCGGCCCCUGGAAAGACCGACGAUUCGAAGAAAGACCAAGGCCCCCCGAAGGCUCCUCCCGCGAAGGAGGACGAUAAGCUUGCGGGCAAGACCGAUGCGAAGGCUGACACCAAGGGCGAUGCCAAGGACGACGCGAAGAAUGGUACAAAGACUGACGCAAAGGCCGACGCCAAGGCAGAUGCAAAGCCCAGCACCACCGAAAAGGCCAUCGCCGCUCCUACCAAGGCCGUCGUUAAGAAACCUACUGUCACGCCUAACAAAGAAGGUGCCUCUGUGCCCCUGAGUGCCGAGAGAUUCCAGACCUUGGUCACCAUGACCCAGGACCCCUGGUUUGUCAAGUUCUACGCGCCCUGGUGCCAUCACUGCCAGGCCAUGGCACCUAACUGGCAGCAACUGGCCAAGGAGAUGAAGGGUCGUCUGAAUAUCGGAGAGGUCAACUGCGACGUGGAGACGAGACUCUGCAAGGACGUCCGUCUCCGCGGCUACCCCACCAUCCUCUUCUUCAAGGGUGGCGAGCGUGUCGAGUACGAUGGCCUGAGAGGCCUCGGCGACUUCGUUCACUACGCUAACAAGGCCAUCGACAUCAGCGAGGGAGUACUGGAUGUAGACGCUGAGUCCCUGGCGGUCCUCGAGGAGAAGGAAGAGGUCAUCUUCAUCUACUUCUACGACCAUGCCACUACGACUGAGGACUUCAUGGCUCUUGAGCGCAUCCCUCUCAGCCUGAUUGGCAGGGCUAAGCUUGUGAAGACCAAGGAUCCCGUUCUUUUCGCCCGUUACAAGAUCACGACCUGGCCUCGCCUGCUCGUUUCCAGAGAGGGCCGUCCCACAUACUACCAGCCGCUGACACCCAAGGAGAUGCGUGAUAUUCACCAAGUCUUGAACUGGAUGAAGUCAGUCUGGCUUCCGAUUGUUCCUGAGAUGACCGCCUCCAAUGCUCGCGAGAUCAUGGAUGGCAAGGUUGUCGUCCUCGGAAUCGUCAACAGGGAAGACCAGGAAGGCUUCCUCAGAGCCAAGCGCGAGUUGAAGAGUGCUGCCAACGAGUGGAUGGAUAAGCAGAUCCAGAAUUUCCAGCACGAAAGACAAGAGCUUCGAGAUGCCAAGCAGCUCAGAAUUGAUGAGGCUGAUGACCGCGGCGAUGGGCGUGCGUUGCGCGCAGCCAAGGCCAUCCGCAUCAACAUGGACAAGUCGGACCGCAAGCAGGUUGGCUUUGCCUGGGUUGAUAGUGUCUUCUGGCAGAGAUGGAUCCGUACCACCUAUGGCAUUGAUACCAAGGACGGAGACCGUGUCAUUAUCAACGACGAGGAUAACCGCCGCUACUGGGAUACCACUAUUACUGGCAACAACAUCCUUUUGUCUCGGACGUCGAUCUUGGAGACCAUUAACAAGGUCGUCUCUUCGCCGCCCAAGAUCAAGCCUAAGCUCACCAUCUCGAGCUUUGAGAAGAUCUUCUUUGACAUUCGUGUCACCUUUGUCGAGCACCCCUACCUGACCAUGGGCUGCAUCCUUGGCCUGGCCUUUGGAGCCUUCUCAUGGUUCCGCAGCCGGUCCCGCAAGGGCCGUGGCGGCCACUUCCGCCUGGAAGAAUCAUGGGGCAACAAGGAGCUGAUGAAGGAGGGUCUCCUGGGACCCAAUGGCAACGGCAAGGUGGACUAGAAGUUGAACUUGCUCGAGCAAGAAUGGAAGAGGCUGGAGGAGCAGCGGUGCCCGGCACAGCAUGAUCUUGGCAAGUUGGACUAAUGGGAAGGCCAUGAAUGAGGCUACGACGAUUUGGGGAACAUUGACGUCAAAAGGGUGUGUGUUUUUGUGCUUUUCUUCACGUCCACGAAGGGAAAGCAGAUGACGUAUUAAAAACCCAAAGCAUUGAGGUGAAUUACUCACGGAGUUGACGGGGACUUUUUUUCUUAUUACUUUUCUUUUUUCCCGCUGCGUGUCUGUGUCUCUCUCUUUGGUGUGGGAAUUGGCCGAUAUGGCCUAGAGGUCUGUAUAAUAAAUACUCCCUACGUUUGGCGGCGGCGGUGGCAGCGGAGGAGGAGGAGGAAAUAUAACCAACGCCUCCGCGUCUACGUGCCACUUUGACAGAUUAUACAUUGUUUGUUUGACAGUUUCA